ACCGACGCCGUUUCUGUCCUCCCUCACAACGUUUUAAAACCAAACCCAGCCCUCUAAACCUCUCCUCUCAUCUCUCUCUCUCUCUCUCUCUCGCUGAAAACCUGUCCCUGUAAAGAAGAGAAAACCCAUUCUUUGGACCUCUUCUUCUUCUUCUUCUUCUUAUACACCCAUUCCCUCCUUUCUUUUUCAACUCCUUUGAUUUGGGUGCUUCAAAAUUUUCCUUUCUUUUUUGGCUGAAUCAAUAAUAAGAAAAUAAACAAAUGGCAACUGUUAAUGGGUACCAGGGAAACACCCCAGUGGCCACCAGCACUGGAACAAAGCAGUCUGCCCCCACUGCUAAGACUGUUGAUUCUCAAUCAGUUCUUAAAAGGUUGCAAUCUGAAUUGAUGGCUUUGAUGAUGAGUGGAGAUUCUGGUAUAUCAGCAUUUCCUGAAGAGGACAACAUAUUUUGCUGGAAAGGAACAAUUACAGGAAGCAAAGACACUGUCUUUGAAGGAACAGAAUACAGGCUCUCUCUUGCAUUCCCCAAUGAUUACCCUUUUAAGCCGCCAAAGGUCAAGUUUGAGACUGGUUGCUUUCAUCCCAAUGUUGAUGUCUAUGGCAACAUUUGCUUGGACAUUCUUCAGGAUAAAUGGUCAUCUGCUUAUGAUGUAAGAACCAUACUGCUAUCUAUCCAGAGUCUGCUUGGAGAACCAAACAUUAGCUCUCCUCUAAACACUCAAGCAGCUCAACUUUGGAGCAAUCAAGAAGAGUAUAGGAAGAUGGUUGAGAAGUUGUACAAAGCUCCUAAUGCAUGAUUUGAGAAAUCAAGGAGUAGAGGAGUUUUGUCUUUUUUCCUUGGGGAAAUGAGAACAUGAAAUUUGUCUUUUAUUUUAUUACAGUGCUUCAUUCUUUUCUGAUUGAUGAAUGGUUUUCACUUGACUACUGAAUAUAAUGAAUCUCUUAUCUCUAAGAAAAAUACUUUCUACUUUCCAGGCCACCGACGAGAUUCAUUUUAAAGAUUCUAAUUUCCUGUUAUUAA